AUGUAUUGUUGAUGAAUUUAUUUACUUGGUAAAUAAAACAAAGUAAAUUGAAUUUCAGCUGAAAAAGAACCAGACAUCAUGGCAGCGCAGCAACCAAAACCUCGUAGGAAGAGGUUCAUCCCAAAAUAUGAAGUGGAAGGGGUAUACAAAGUCAUAUUGGGGGAGGAAACACAAAUACAAAUAGAAAUGGUUAUUGGGACCCACGUGAACGCUCAAUACCCUUGGAAAAAUAUCAGCAAGGCCAAAAUUAUGGAGACCAUUGAUAUUGGUGGUGAGCUAUCCGAGUUUUUCCCUUUGAAAGCUCAAAUUGAAUCCUACACCGGCGAUGAGAUAUUGAUGGGAUACAUGGUAGAUGAAUCUAAGGACGUAGAUGAAUUUUACGUCUGUUGCACAACUGAGGCUCGAGACCACUGCAAGCAACAGUCUGAUAGAUUCAUAAAAAGACAAGAAAAGAAACUAGAAAAGGCCGUACAGAAAAAACCGAGGCCUUGGAAGAGUUUGGGCAGUGAAGUUGAGAUCACAGAACUGAUUCCAGUUAAUACAAGACCUCUUAUGGAAAUGGAGAUAAAGGCCAAGUUUCCAACUGUCUAUCAGCCGCAGAAAUUCAAAGUUAGAGACAGUAAUGCAGCGCGAGAUGGUUAUAUUGAGUUAACACCAUAUAGACAGAAGUUCAAUAACGUUUUUCGUAGGAGAGUAGAUUGUGGAUCUCAAAUAGCUCCAGCUAAAGUCAGUAGACAUGCUCAGACAGUUUUGAAGUAUCCACAGAAUAUGUGGACGCAGUCCAUAGCCGAUGCUCUUGGUACAGUGGAUGAUGCUGAAGGCGGUGGUGAUACCGGCGCUGGUGGUGGAGGCGAUGAAGAAGGAGGAGAAAAGGAGCAAAAGAGCUCUGACGAAGAUGAAGAAGAAGUGAAAGAGCCUCCGGAUGAAGUCGGCCUUAUUGCGUACAGAGCUGCUAUGAAAAGAAUGAGGCGGCCAUCUUACAUCAAAAUGAUAAAUGGUUUCAUGUCAUCUAAAAGAGAUGAAAUGAGUUCCAUCAUCGAACUCAACACUGUAAUGGAUAUGUACUGUAACGAUUACCCUAACUUAGUAGCAGAAAAAACUGUUGAUAUCUACGACUCUAUGGCUUUUGAAGAGUACGUCUGUUUCACCGAUGUGAGGGCAAAAGAUAAGUAUGUGUCUUGCGCGGAAUUUCAUCCAAUGUGGUCUGGAAUAGUCGCUAUUUGUUAUGCCGAUGGUUCACCAACAGUUAUGAAGUCACUGAGCACUAGACCUGACCCAAUUCAAAGGGCAGUCUAUGGAUUAAAUCCAGUAUUGAUCUGGAGUCACAUUGAUAGCUUGAUUCCAAAAUUAUAUUUAGAAUCUCCUCGAGAAGUAAAAGUUCUAUCAUUUUGUCCAUUUGACGAGAACAUAUUAAUAGGCGGCUGUAUAAAUGGUCAAAUUGUUGUUUGGGAUAUCACAAAUAAGUUAGAUAAUGUCGAAAAGAUUGAAGUUUUGAGUGAGACGAGAGAAAAAUAUCGUAUUGCCAUGAAUGCUCAUAUGGGAUGGAUGAAAUCUGUUCAGGAUAAUGCAGUAGUUCAGUCGACAGCCUUGAGCAGCUUAAUGACCAGUCACUAUGGUCCUGUCACUGCCAUUAGGUGGCUAUCUCCGAACUUUCUAGUUACACCAACUGGCAAACCUGAAAUGAUGCCACCCAAAAAAAAGUCUCUCAUGUUUUUCACUGGCUCUGAAGAUGGUAACAUUUUAAUUUGGAAUCUGUCUGUGGAAAAUGUAACCUUAUUUGAAGGUAAAAAAGUAAAAAAAUCUAAAAGAGUUCCGAGGAGGCCCUCUGGUUUAUUAGUUGAUGUUUCUCCUUAUAAGAUAUUAGACCGUAAUUUGCUGCCUUCUUAUAAAAUUAUAUUAGGCGUGGCGGGGCAGCCGCAAACAUUAAACUUGCAAGCUUUUGCUUUAAAUCCUCCAACGUUACGGUACGUUUACACACCUAAGAAUACUGGUUCAGGGAGAAAAUACUUUAUUUGCGAAAUAAUACCGCAAACCGAGGACGAUAUAUCCACGACUUUAUAUUGCGGCUCUCAGCAUGGGGAGCUAAGACGCGUUUCAUGGGAAGGUCAUAAAUUUAACACUGGAGAAGUCGUUAAUUCGGAGUAUUGCGAGAUAAAAUUCAGUUGUUCUAUCCACGACGGCAUUGUAUCUUGCACGGAGAGAAACCCCUUCAUAAAUCAUAUAACAUUGACAGUCGGUGGUAAAAUAUUCGCAAUUUGGUCUGACAAAUUGUUGGAUCGCCCAUUGAUUUGGAAAAAACGGCCGUAUCGUUUGACAGCUGGCGCUUGGUCCUUGUAUAAGCCAAGUCUGAUAUUUAUAUCAACUUCCGAAGGUGAUCUUGAAACAUGGGACCUAUUGUUAAGGAGUGACAAGCCAAUAUCCGUUCAAACGUUAUCUGGCACAAUGCUUACAGGUGUCAGUCUGCACACAUUGCCUUUGGCUAAAAAUAUAACUGGCGUGAGUGACGUUAAUGGUUCUUUCAGAAUGUUCUUGAACCCACUUAUUUUUAUGAUAGAAAAUCCUACUUACGUCGGCCGAAUGCAGUCAAUGGUAGCUAGGGAGUUGAAAGUUAUGCAGUCCUUUAUAUUCUGGCAAGAAGAAUGGAUGAGAAAUAAUCCACAGAUUUUACUAGAAAUGAAACGGAAAGAAGGUGCUCUUUUAGCAGAAAAAGAAGAAGAAAAGCGUAGACUGAGAGAAGAAGAGGAAAAAAGAUUGGAAGAAGAAGCAGAAGCUAGAAGAUUACAAAAGUUGAAAGUCAUAGGUCCAGAAGAACGAUGGCAAAAAAUAAUACAGAAGCUGAUUGAAAGAACUAUUGCUGUCAAGAAAAGAAUUAACAGAGCCGAGUUGAUUGAACACGAGAAACCUUUACGAGAGUUGGAAGCUCAGCGUUUGGAGAAAGAAAAGAGAAUGCUUGAGAUUAUGAAGAACCAGAAAACAAUAUUUAACGAUACUGUAGCUAUACUAUUUCCAGAAGCUAUAAAGAAGAAAGCUAAAAUUAAGAAGAGUCUUCUAUCAGAUGAUAGACCUGGGUUGAAGAGAGAGUAUUUGGAAGACUAUCAGUACUUAAAAAGUACUGCAAUCAGGACAGUGAAAGACAACCCAUAUAAGGUUGCGUUUUCUUGGGACGCAACGCUGGCAGAGGGGAAAGAGAGAAGGCAGGCCUUGAAUCCUUACGACGACUAUAUAAAGAUACAUAAGACAAGGAUAGACGAUGAGUUGGCAGGUCCUACUACAAAGCCAUCUGAAAGAAUAGUCCCAAAAUACUCUCGUUCGGUAGCAAUUGAGGAAGAAGAGACUGAGGAGGAUGCUGCUUGAAUGCUUAUUUUAAUUAACUUUCCUUUUAAUUUAGCUUUAAC